AUGAGGUUGCUUCUGCCGCUGACGUUGAUCUCAGCCAUCGGUAUCACAGAUGGCCAAAUCAGUGCCAUGUUCGGGAACCCGAUCCAGGCUCCCAACUGUGAAUCAUGGUCCGAAUGGGGACCCUGUGUGUGGCUGAAAGGCAGUGAGAAGAGGUUCCAACGACCUUACUUCGAUCAGCUGCUGCCUGGCCGAAAAGGAUGUCGAACACACGUCUUCUUCCGUUUACUGAAGGAUCGAUGGGGAACGGCUUUCAACAAUUUCUACAACUACCUACGAGAAAUUACGAUUAGCGAGCAACAAUGCGGCGAAUGUUCCUAUCAACAGAGCUGUGGACGCCAAUGUCACCGACGGGGUGAUGUCGCCAUGAUCAAUCCUCUAUUCGUGGCUGAACGCCGAUGUAUGGGUAUCGACCAGAACAAGGUAAUCGUGAAAUCGAUAAUACGUUCUCUCUAA